AUGCGCAGUGCUUAUUGUAGGAAGCCCUCAAGUGGCUUUAUGGCUCAUUCAAAUGUUGUAGUGGCUUUACUUUCGCUUGUGGCGCUGCAUUUCGUGCCCUACUACAUCCAGGGCACUGUUAGUGCCGACAGUGGAUCUAAUACCACUGUGGGAUUCCGUUGUAUGAGGCCUUUUGCUUCGCUCCCACGCUUUUCUUCAACUUCCAUGGACGCAGCGGAAAAUUGUAAGUUUAAACGAUAUAACGUACUCAAUGCUUCCGCUGUUGUGAAAUGUGAGUCCACUGGAAACGCUACGGGGAAGGCUGAACCAACUGCUGUCACUUCGACUUGCAGUGUGACGAUUCAUGCCGCAUUCCGUACGAUGGGUGGCGGUAAAGAUGACAAUGCAGACGCGGCGGACGUAUACAGGUAUUCUCUGCAGCUUCGUGCAAUUAAUAACAGUGUGGUGCACUACAAGGGCUUCGACCAGAAUGGUUAUGGCUUGUGCUGCAGUUUCAUUGAAGGGGCGAAAUGCACGUGGGAGGAGCGGGAGACCUCUGGAGUACAGGAGGCUAAACAAGAAGUUAAUGCCACGACCUCACAGGCACCCACAGUUAAGGAACCUGCGGUUGUGUCAUGCCCACUUCAUCAUGGGGAAGAGGAGCAUAUCGCCUUUCGCGGUAGCACCGUCAAGCCGCUUCACCGCCUUGUAGUGGGAAAUUGGGAGGCACGGCUGGAGUUUUGGCGGGGUGGGCCCUCCAACCGCGAGGUACUUGGCCGUUUGUUAGUGCCAUUUCGACUGACGGAUGAGAAUAUUGCGCAGGGAAACAAUAACACGAUUACGGAGCGGUCCGACCAUACAACCGCUGUUGUUGUUGUUGCUGAGCAGGGCCAACUGACGGGAAGCCGUGGGGACCUUUGA